AUCCAACAUGGCGGAUGGAAGUGAACAUGACAGGCAAAUUAGAUUUGUCAUUUGCUCCACUGCGAAAGCAUCCUGAAUUCCUGGAAGAGACGGCGAUUCUUUUAAAUUCUCAAUGGAAGAAGAGUCUUGCUGGGAGAUUUCAAUACUUGGCUGAAGGUACUGAUGACCUUCCCUGCUCACUCAUACUCUUACAAAAAGAUGACCAAGACCAUACAAGAGUCAUUGGUCACAGCAGACUUAACCAGGUUCUUGGAAAACCAGAGGCAGUGUUUUUGACAUGUGUUCUUAUAGAAAAGACACUCAGAGGACAUGGCCUUGGAAAAAAGCUUAUGCAGCUGACAGAAAAAUAUGCAUCACAGUUGGGAUGCACGGCCAUCUAUCUCACAACUUUUGAAAAGUAUGAGUUUUAUAAACACCUUGGUUAUCAAUGCUGUUCUCAAGUCUCCUCAGUGAAAGCAAGAUCAAGUCUAUUUACCAGCUCCCAGCUUGCACUAUUGCAAGGGCAGUUUGGUGAGAGAGAACCUCAAAUUGAAGAGCGAGAGGAAGGCAAAUUUGUUGACUCUAGUUCUGGAAAUUCUGUGAUAAAUAAUCAAGAACUAUCUGACGAUACAAUUGCUCGACAAGAGGGAAGAUCAAUUGUUCACAACCAAAAGAUAAACACUGGUCUGAAUGACCCUGAUAAACAAGGAGAAAUGUGUAACAACUCAUCAUUACUACUGGGAGAAGCCACUGCUUCUCCACUACCACCAACCCCACCUCCACCCCCACCCCCUCCUGCACUAAAACCUCCAACCAGUCAAAUUAGAUCAAUUUUGACUAAUCCAGUCUGGAUGAUGAAAGAAAUGCAACAUGACAACCACUGAGUUGUAAAAAUUAUGAAAAUAUAUUGCACUAUGUUAAUAAAUUGGGCAGGUCCCAAUAAGGAAGUUAGACAGAAACUUAUUUUGAGAGAGUUUCAUCUUGGGUCUAUAUAGCAAAAUUCGGACUACAGAGGAAACCAGUCAGGAUGCCCCUUUUCAUUGUCUGCUAUUAUAAGAUAAUGAUUAAUGAAUAUUUACAAACAAGAAUUUUUAAGCUGUGGAAUCGUGUGUAAAGCAACAAGAAAAGGAACACAGUUGUUACAAAAAUCAUAAUAAAGUUUUGAAUCCA